GUCCGCUGGCUGCGAGGGCGGGGCCUCGCUGGGACCAGAGUCAGCGCUCGGGCUCGGGCUGCAGCGGAUCCUGCGGCAGCUGCACCCCAAGCCGGCGAACCCCGCAGGCCAAGGCCUGGGCCGCUUUCCAGCCGCCGCCCGUCUGAGCUCCCGGGAGCGUUCCCGCUCCACCGCGCCCGUCUCAGCCUGGCGGUGGGCUCGGGUCCCGUCCGCCGCCGCCGCCGCCGCCCGCCGGACAUAGCCUGCAUGUCCGAGGAGCAGGCCCGCGUCGUGAUGGAGGAGGCAUCGCCCUUCUCCUUACUAGACAUCUGCCUGAACUUCCUGACCACCCACCUGGAGAAGUUCUGCUCAGCACGCCAAGAUGGGACGCUGUGUCUGCAGGAGCCCGGAGUGUUUCCGCAGGAGGUGGCGGAUCGGCUGCUUCAGACCAUGGCCUUUCAUGGUCUCCUGAAUGAUGGAACCGUUGGUAUUUUUAGGGGCAACCAGAUGCGCUUAAAAAGAGCUUGCAUCCGCAAAGCCAAGAUCUCUGCUGUUGCUUUCCGGAAAGCCUUCUGCCACCACAAAUUAGUGGAGCUUGAUGCCACAGGAGUGAAUGCUGACAUCACCAUCACAGACAUUAUAAGUGGGCUUGGCAGUAACAAGUGGAUCCAGCAGAAUCUUCAGUGUCUCGUGCUGAACUCCCUCACUCUGUCCCUUGAAGAUCCUUACGAGCGAUGCUUCAGCCGGCUCUCGGGUCUCCGCGCUCUGAGCAUCACCAAUGUCCUCUUUUACAACGAAGACCUGGCCGAGGUGGCCUCGCUGCCAAGGUUGGAGAGCCUGGACAUUUCCAACACCUCCAUCACUGACAUCAGCGCUCUGCUGGCCUGCAAGGACCGACUCAAGUCUCUGACCAUGCACCACCUGAAAUGUUUAAAAAUGACGACCACCCAGAUCCUGGAGGUCGUUCGGGAACUGAAGUAUCUGAACCAUCUUGACAUCUCGGACGACAAACAAUUUACAUCGGACAUAGCUCUUCGCUUAUUAGAACAGAAGGACAUCCUCCCCAACCUUGUCUCUCUGGACGUUUCUGGGAGGAAGCACGUGACAGAUAAAGCCGUGGAAGCCUUCAUACAGCAGCGGCCCAGCAUGCAGUUCGUAGGCUUGCUGGCCACCGAUGCUGGUUACUCGGAGUUCCUCACAGGGGAGGGGCAUUUGAAGGUGUCUGGCGAGGCCAAUGAGACGCAGAUCGCGGAGGCGCUGAAGCGGUACAGUGAACGAGCGUUCUUUGUCCGGGAAGCUCUUUUCCACCUCUUCAGCCUAACUCACGUGAUGGAAAGGACAAAGCCAGAGAUUCUAAAGCUUGUGGUUACUGGGAUGAGGAAUCACCCCAUGAACCUGCCAGUGCAGCUGGCUGCCAGCGCCUGCGUAUUUAACUUAACCAAGCAAGAUCUUGCCACAGGAAUGCCUGUUCGACUCUUGGCUGAUGUGACCCACUUGCUGCUCAAGGCCAUGGAGCAUUUUCCCAAUCACCAGCAGUUACAGAAGAAUUGCCUCCUUUCACUUUGCAGCGACCGGAUCCUUCAAGAUGUUCCUUUUAACAGGUUUGAGGCAGCCAAGCUUGUCAUGCAGUGGCUCUGCAACCAUGAGGACCAGAACAUGCAAAGGAUGGCAGUGGCGAUCAUUUCCAUCCUGGCUGCCAAGCUUUCUACUGAACAGACUGCCCAGCUCGGGGCUGAGCUCUUCAUCGUCAGGCAACUUCUUCAAAUAGUGAAGCAGAAAACCAAUCAGAAUUCAGUGGACACUACAUUGAAGUUUACUUUGAGUGCACUUUGGAACCUCACAGAUGAGUCCCCAACCACUUGCAGACACUUUAUUGAGAACCAGGGGUUAGAACUCUUCAUGAGGGUUCUAGAGUCUUUUCCAACUGAGUCAUCCAUUCAACAGAAAGUCCUAGGACUUUUGAACAAUAUAGCUGAAGUACAAGAACUGCAUUCAGAAUUAAUGUGGAAGGAUUUUAUAGACCACAUCAGCAGCCUGCUGCACAGUGUUGAAGUGGAAGUUAGCUACUUUGCAGCUGGAAUAAUCGCUCAUUUAAUAUCCAGAGGUGAACAGGCUUGGACAUUAAGCCAUAGCCAGAGAAAUUCUCUUCUGGAUGAUUUGCAUUCAGCUAUUUUGAAAUGGCCAACUCCAGACUGUGAGAUGGUAGCAUACAGGUCCUUUAAUCCAUUCUUCCCCUUACUUGGCUGUUUUACAACUCCUGGAGUUCAGCUAUGGGCAGUUUGGGCCAUGCAACAUGUCUGCAGCAAGAAUCCUUCCCGGUACUGCAGCAUGCUGAUCGAAGAAGGAGGACUACAGCACUUAUACAACAUCAAGGAGCACCAGCAGACGGACCCUCAUGUCCAGCAGAUUGCUGUGGCCAUUCUGGACAGCUUAGAAAAGCACAUUGUGCGGCAUGGGAGGCCUCCUCCUGGAAAGAAACAGUCCCAGGCCAGAUUAAAUUGAUAACCAUAGUUAAUUGGAUAAUUGAACCACAGGAGUUCUUUUGUGAUCUCUUUGUUCGGAGUACCCUACCCUGUGUGGUGUUGUGGGGUUUCUCUGACCACGGUCAUCACACCAAGCUUGGGAUUGAUAUCGUACUGCCCACGUGAACAGUCUCUAAUUUGUCUUGUGAUUUUUUUUUAACGUAUGAGGCAUGAAGGGUCUCUUCCCCCAUCAUUGCCUUUUAGGAAAUUUCCCACAUCUUUCAGUGUUUGAACUCACCUGUGCUUGAGAUUCUACAGUUUUCUCAUUCUACAGUUUGCACGAACCGUUAGGCCAAUCUCUUCUGAUCUCAAAGUCCUUUCCCGUCAAUUUGCAGAUCUAAGUAAGCUGUUCCCCUGAUUUCUGGCACUGCUUCCAUUGUAUAUUUAAUGCCGCUUCUGUAUAAACCCCCCUUAUUCUCUAUGUAUUUUUUACAAGAUGCCCUUCUUAGUGUGAAAGAAUAGAAAUCUCUUUAGGGAAAUUACAGAUUGGCAGAAGCCUGGGUGGAUGAUAAAAAAAUAUAUUAGGAAGAAAAACUACCAAGGGAGAGCACAAUUUAGAAAUGGGAUCGCUGUCAAGGUGUAGCUGUCAAACCCUCCGUUCUGCCUUUCCGGGGUCCACCUCUCCUGAGAUGGUAAGCAGACCCUGUUGUCUGCAGUUAGACCUCGAAACGCCAACUGCCACUUCUGCAGACUGCUGGGACACCCUAGAGACAUCCUCUCAAGAUCACAGUGUAAGAUAUGACAGCAUUCUGUGUUUAGGACUCACUGUCCAAAUCCCUAUAUAUUAAACUGUUGUGGAAAUGUGAUUUUUUUAAAAGAAUUGUCUGCAGUGAAAACUGACCAUCUGUUUCCAUGUCAGCUACUUUUUGUAGUUUAUCCAUAGUGUCAAUGUGCUCAGUUAGAAUACAGUUGACUAUAAUUCUAAUAAAUUCUGCUACAAACGUUUAUUUUCUUUUGUUCAAAAUAUGUGUAUCUUCUCGAUAUAUUCAUGUUGGAGAAAGAUGUCACAUCUCACUGCCAAAAAUGACAGAAAGAGUUAGACUGUUAUUAAAUAGUGAAAUGCAAUGAUUCUAGUUGCAAUGCUUAAAAGGAAAUAUUUUUGAUGGAUUAUUUUUCAGACACCUGCCUUUACAAAAGAUAUUUGAUCAUUAUGGUAAAGAAACAAUGAAUAGUACACUUGGGAGGCACCAAUGUCCUGUUAGUCUGAAACUUCACAUACUGGCCAGAGUGCUCCCAUUAGAUUCUAAAUGAAAUGUUAUAAAAACAGUUCAGUUAAAAGAAAAUGAGAGGUUAGAACCAUUAAAAACUGUAUUACUUAGUGGAUUAAUUCUGCCUUAAUUGGUUUAAGAAAUUUUUAUAGGUAUAAGAUGAACUUUCACAGAUUAACUUUGUUUCAAAGGGAGUGAAAAGUUCUUUUUAAAAGCUCUUUUUGGGUCUUUUUUAAAAUUUUAAUUCCUAAAGCAAAAUUCAGAAAACGAGAUGGCCUACAGUAGCCAGAAAGUUGCUAAGCUGACCAGUUCUAGUACAGUUAAAGGAAAGCCUAUUUGAGAAGCUUCAACAGUGCAUGUUCUCAAAGGGGUACUGCUCAAAUUUUAUAUCUGCAGAUUGUUUUCAGAACUGGCUAAUGUAUACGGAAAACAGUAAAUCCCUUCUUAUUCAGAAUAAUUUCUUGACAAAGGCUCAAAAAUCUUUAAAACAACACUGAAAUAAAUAAACUAUUGUGAGCACCAGCAGUGGCCAGGUACGUCUGAAUCUUAAA